CGAUGGGGGGAAGGGAACUCAUUUGUCCGACCGAGAUGAGGAAGUCUAUUCUUCCAACCGGGAUGAGAAAGUGCAUUUCUCCAACAGAGACGAGGCAGUGUAUUUCUCCAACUGAGACGAGGAAGUGUAGUCCUCCUACCAAGACUUGUAUGGGCUCUGGGGGUGAAUGGGAGAGAUAUUAAACUCCACUGAAGGGAGAAGUGUACUCAGCUCCGCUCAGCAGAGGAGACAGAGACACAGGCUCCGCUCAAUCAUGUCCUACUAUGAGCAUAUUGUGUUUGACUAUGACAUAAACAACACUGGUUCUGGCGACUUGGGGCUGGCCCUGGAGGAUCCGUGUGACCUGGAUCAAGUUAUAAUCCCUGACCUACAGAGAGUGUUCCUCCCUGUGGUCUACGGCUUCAUCUUUGUCCUGGGCAUCACAGGGAACGGCCUGGUGUUGAUGGUGCUUGGCUGCAAGCGCAGGUCAAAAUUGAGUCUGACAGACCGCUACCGGCUGCACCUCUCUGCUGCCGAUCUUCUCUUUGUGCUGACGCUCCCGUUCUGGGCAGCGGAUGCCGCACUGACGGACUGGCGUUUCGGAUUAGGCACCUGUGUGGCCGUGCACGUCAUCUACACGGUGAACCUGUAUGGGAGUGUGCUCAUCCUGGCCUUCGUCAGUCUGGACCGCUACCUAGCCGUGGUCAAAGCAACAGACGCGCACACCUCACGCACGAGACAGCUACUGGCACGGACACUGGUGUUUGUAGGAGCCUGGUCGCCUGCGGCUCUCUUGGCAGUGUCAGACAUAGUGUUUGCCAGGACUCGGGAAGCAGGAGAUGGGACGAUUGUGUGCCAGCGCUUAUACCCAGCUGACAACGCUCCUCUCUGGGUGUCAGUGUUCCACCUGCAGCUGGUGUUGGUGGGCUUGCUGGUACCGGGCCUAGUUUUGCUGGCGUGUUACUGUGUCAUCGUGUCCAGGCUGACCCGCAGCGGCCUUCUGCAGGGGCAGAGACAGAAGCGCAGAGCUGUCAGGACCACUGUGGCGUUGAUCCUCUGCUUCUUCCUGUGUUGGCUCCCGUAUGGUGCUGGCAUCACUGUGGAUGCCCUCAUGCGCCUACAGGUCCUUCCCAGGGGCUGCAGUCUGGAGGUGGUGCUGAGUGUGUGGCUGGCGGUGGCUGAACCCAUGGCAUUUGCCCACUGCUGUAUAAACCCGCUGCUGUACGCCUUUCUGGGGGUGGACUUCAAGAGGUCCGCCAGACGGGAGGACUCAACACUCGGUCGCCUCGUCUCCAGUAUGACGAGUCCACCUCCUAGACGCCCAGGAACCUCUACUACCACAGAGUCUGAGUCAUUUAGUCUACACUCCAGCUAACAGAAUAUGGGUAUGGAUGUAGGUGUGGGUUGGAUGAGGGUGUAAAUGCUUUGUCCUAUAUAUGGGAAGAGGGUAGUCUGCUGAUCCAUGACUUUGUCCCUUGUCUGAAAGAUAAACGUUUCUGUAAAUAGGGUUUGUGGGUCACUGAUGUUGUUUUUAAGUUUGUUUAUAUACAAUAAAAUUUCG